CUCGGUUCCGGUUUCGGGUCAGAGACACAGCAUUUUCUCAGCAGGACCAGAACCAGAUUUUUCUCUCUGAAUUUUCAUUUUAAGGCUGAAACGACUGAAUGAUGGACACAGAGGACAAACGGCCUGAGACCGUCUCUCCUGUGAGACGAAGGCCAAGAGUUCAGCAGCAAGACUCAGUGGAAAGCUCCCUGUCGGUGGAGGAACCGGCUCCCAUCCCUCCCGAUCUGGCCCACCGGAUCAAGCUGCGGGCCAAGGAGCUGAAGAUCCGGCAGAAGGACCGGUCCUGGGCCGCCGAGGUGGUCAACGACUUCAAGGAGAACCUGCUGAGGUUCCUGAAGAACAGCAGCGACCAGCCGCUGUUCCAGUCGGCCGACUUCCUCACCACAGGAAGCUACUUCGAGAAGGUCAAGAUCCACAACCCUGAUGAGUUCGACAUGAUGCUGAAGCUUCUGGUUCCCUCUCGCUUCAACACCACCAAGCUGGACGCCGGCCUGUUCUACCGCAUCGACCUGACCCGGCCCACGCGCACCCCCAUCAAGGACUUCCUGCUGGACGACACGCUCACCCUGUCGUCCAGUAAAAUCCUGGCAGAGAUGUUCCGGCUCGUCCGCAAGUUCCUGAAGACCUACAGAGUCCUGGAUCAUCGCUGCCGCUGGGAGAUGAACAGGAAGAAACCCAACUCUCCCGCCGUCACGCUGUCUCUGUGCCGGAGAGACAGCGGCGGGGAGGAGCUGAUUUCUGUGGACGUCGUUCCAGCUCUGGAGGUCCAGCGCUGGCCCCCUGCGGUGAGAAACGGCCCAGAGGUGGACAGAUGGCUGGGAACGAAGCUUCGGCAGGAAAUCAGGAGCUUACCUUGUUACUUUGUUCCAAAAAGACAGAAAGGACGGAAACUGAGUGAAGACGCCAAAGAAAGCUGGAGGAUUUCUUUCUCUCACAUUGAGAAGAAAAUCAUCACGUCUCACGGCAACAAGAAGACCUGCUGUGAGAGCAGAGGCACCAAAUGCUGCCGCAAACAGUGCCUCAUGCUGCUGAAGUCUCUCAUUGAGGGUCUGAAACAGCGCUAUCCCAAAGAGUUGGAGGAUCUGUGCUCGUACCACGGCAAGACGGCCUUCCUGCACACGCUGUCCACCAGGUAUGAUGAUUCCUCCUGGGCUCCUCAGCAGCUUCCCACCUGCUUCCUGCAGCUGGUGGCUGCGCUACAGGACCACGCUCGCAGAGGCUCGCUUCCUCACUUCUUUGUUCCUGAGAGCAACCUCUUCGCAACAGCCAUGUUUCCUCGCAGAGCCCAGGAGUUCCUAGUCAAAGUCCUGGAGGAGCAGAUGAAGGAAGGUCUGCCGCUGCUGAGGCCUCCGCCGCUUCUUCCUUCUCUGAAACCAGUUACCAUCGGAACCACAAUGAACCCAGAAGAACUUCCUGAAAAAGUUGAAAAAAUCAGUGGGUUGAAAAAAUCCCACCCACUGAUUUCAUUCGAUUGGCUGAAGCUCGUCUUGGUGUUUGUUGUAGUUGUGGUCUUUGGCUUUUCAGUUUUUAACUAGGCCACUGGUGUCCAGAGUCAGUCAUCAAGGGUCUCUAUGCUGGUUCAACAUUCCUGAAUCUAAUGAUGGUUCAUCAGCUGAACUUUAUGACGUUCUGAGGAAUGAGUCGGAGCAUUUCAAUCAGCAACAGAAAAAACAUGUCAAAUUAGCUGCAUCUCCAUUAAUUAUAAAAUUUAGCAAAUAGGAAUUACGAAAAUGAAUUUGUUUAAUGGAAACACGUCAAUUUCGAAAAACCUGAAAUGGGUUUUUGGUUGAGGUGGUUCCUGACCUCAACUAAGUAUUGAAAUUUGUAUAAUUCACAGAACUGAAGUUGAAAUGCUUUUUUUUUGGAUCACACGAGUCAGAUGAUCAACAACAGAAUGUUACUACUGGUGGAAACGACAAAGAAGACAACAGGAAGUAGUGGGAGGAUGACCUUUUAAUAAAUCUUUGUGUGAAUAAACUUAUUCACAUAUGAUUUUAAAUGUGUUUCUUAUUUAGUGGAAACACCGCAACUGCGAAAUACCAACAAAGUUUUAAUCACAUUUUUAAUGGAAACGCAGCUAGUGGCAGAGGCCCUUGAGGACUGGAGCUCGUCACCCUUGAACUAGACCAAAACAUGAAUGAAGUAAUAGAAAUCGGGCAGAAAUACAGAAAAAAAUAUUUCAAACUGUUCAUUUAAAUUUCUGUGUAUUUUAGUCACUAAUCAGAUAUAACAUUAUGAUUAUUGACAGGAGAGGUGAAUAAGACGAAUCAUCUUGUGAAAAGGUUUUUCUCAAACUUGAUGUUACAGGUAAAAGUUUUGGUCAUAAUAAAAUGCCUGAUUCCUGUUUGUGUUGC